AUGACACAUCCACUGUCCGUCGAGGAGUACUUCAACGUCAUGAAGCUCAGUCAGGAUGGGAGAUACUCUGCAGUUCUCCUUUUCUUCAUCUUGACAAGCUGUUGGGAAGUUUCGAUGCUUUUUUACGGCUUCUGGUGGUCGCUAGAGCUACCGUUCUCUUCUAAGAACAUUAUAUCAAUUCCUUACGACUACCCAGUCGGGUGCCUAGCCUUUAUCGCCCCCGAGGCAAGAAGUCGAACGCUCAUUUUAUGGAUUCCUACAGUAGUAGGAUCAUUUCUCUUCCUUGCCUUCACGAUGUACAGGUUCUUCGAAUCUAUCCGAGACGACGAUGGAACGCUUAAUCUUAAGAAUUGUCUGCGCCCGAAGAAUAUCUCGCCGAUUAUGAUAAUCUUGGCUCAGGAUGGUGCACGUUGUUAUUUUGUUAUACUUGUUACGACCGCCUUGCGAGCAGUAUUUCUCUAUCACUAUGCGGGAGUGUACCCUAUGAUUAUGCACUGGCAUCUCGUCAUUUAUUGCACUGCUUCCUCCCGACUAGUUCUCAUCCUCCGCGCCGGGGCAGGGCUGCCCACCAAGUUUGUGUCGGGGUUACCUGAACAGUCCCGUCUUGACUUCAAGAAAGCGACGACGAAUACCACCAACUGGGAUUCGACAUUGCCCACAGAUACUCGCUUGGUCUUCAAUUACUCUUUGAACACCAAGGGCGCGAAUGGAAACGGUGUAGCGUAG